AUGGAACCUGUAAACGCUCCUCCAUUUGUUCUUUUUCAAGGAUUGUUGCUCCUCUACGCAGUUUUCAUCACCGCAAUAGAGUCAUCCACUGUUUCUCGAUCAGCAUACUUCACAACGUUGACAAAUAAGCAGCUUAAAGGCUUUGUGGUAAAACGGUUUGAGUCUCCUGGUCAAAUUUGGUGCAGUCAGUCUUGUUUGAAAAACGCCUGGUGUACUUCAACAAACUUCAAACUUGCUCCUCAUAUUUCGAAGUCUGAUGGCACAGGAACUUGCGAACUAAACAAGCACGAUGGCUCUGUUGUUAAAGAAAACGUGUAUUUGCAGUUCGAGGAAGGUGCCACUUUCUCAAUGUCUCUUAAGGUAACGAACAGCCUAAAAUGCCUCAUUUGGCUUUUAAGGGCUCCGCAAGAUUAAGUUGAUGCAACUGCAGUUUAACAAACAUUUAAUUUCUUAAUUGGCGUUUAACUUUGAAAUCAACCAGUGUGUCUUCGUAUCGCUAAUUGACUCAUUUGGGCUAAAGUCUUUGGCGCCACAUUGCUUUUUAGCAAUUUUUAGAAUUUUAAGGCUGGAAAGUGAAAAUUCAUGACCACAGCACUAUAAUUGAAGUUGAGCAAAAACCCAACUUCGAUGUGAAAAAUAGAUGUCUUGAAUUUCCUCAAAUUAUGGUUGCAUAUGAUUGGAAAAAAUUACUGUUCUUGCACAAGAAAACCAAGAGCAUAGCUAUUUUAUAAAAGCGCCAGUCGGCACUUUCUAUCGAUUUACCAGCCUAAUAACUAGUAUGAGGUGUUGGGAGAACACGAGUAUUACUGUAAAUCAUGAGUAAAAAGCGAUUGUUGUGCUAACAUAUCCCGUGUGCGAUAUCGUCGCUAAAAUGAUGAAAGGCUCGAUUUAUUGCUAACUAGCCAACAGGUGCUCUUCACGGCAAAGUGUGUUAUAGAAAAUUAGUAUACAUUCUUAAGACUGCUACCCUCUUCAAAAUUUUUUUUCGUUUUUCGACAAAUGAAUCUCCUUUACAGAGAAAUUAUUUACGCUAAAUUUCUGUAUUAUUCUUGAGCAUUCUGAGUUACGAGCAGCUGGCAUCAGACAAAAUUUAAUCCUUGAUUUCGUGUAUGCCACAAACUUAAUACCGUCGAAAUGCGAGCAAUAAAAACCUAUUUUUCCAUUUUUUUUUUCUGUUGUGAGGUUUCAAUCAGAGCUGGUUUUUUUUUUGAAAGCGAAAUGGAUGUAUGCCUUGAAUAAUGGCAUGAAUUGACAAACAACGAGGAAAAGACAAGAGAACAAAAAUUAGUCACCAUUUCUUAGACGAAGGGCAAACCUCAUCUUGAAUAAGGUAAUGCCGGCUUAUAUGAAUCAUCAUCUAUACAAAUAUUUCUGUUCAUAAACUUCAUUCUCCAUGAUCAGAACCACAGCUUUUAUCUCUUAAUUCUGGAAACAUGCUAAAUAUUUCGCUCAGGAAUUAAAGCACGGAGAAAAUAAAGCCAUCAGAACCGCAAAGACUGAUUAAUUUCAGCAUAAGCCGAAGAAAGAAGACAUUGACUUGCUUCUGUCAGUCUUGAAAAAAUAUUUUUCUGGCGUGUAAAAUGCGUUGGACAAAAUCUAUGGUCUUAUCGCCUACUAUUCAGCCUAUGUGCUAGCAUUUUGAAUUCUAAUGACAAAAUCUUUCGGACUGGAGGUAACAUAUACUGUGCAGGCCUCAGAAGCUGUUUUUUCUUGAGGAAUUUAGUUUAACAAAAUUUUAAUUUGUGCCGGCGACGUGUUAAGCGAACGGGUUUGUUGUUUUUGUUUGUUUGGUUUUUUUUCUAAGUUCUGCCAAAACAGAUAAUAAAUUUUGGCACUUUAGGCUUCCGGCAUCGAAACAGCUGUCCAAUGAAAGGCAAGCUCAAUUUUCCUUUUGAAACUGAUAUCAGUGCAUUAUGGAGAUCUUCUGUAAUUUCAUUUCUAUACUGAUAUGAAAUGGAUAGAUGUGUAGAUAGGUGAUUGGAUGGAUCAGAGGUGACCCAUUAGAUGAAGGGAUGAAUGUUUCAAAGAAAGUAUUUAACUUUCCGGUUGUCUUUAGAAUCUUUCAGUUGAACAAGAGGAACAAAUAAAAGUUUAAAUGCCCUGUAAAGAGUUUCAAAGCUGACGUUAGCCCUCCAUCUUUCGCUCUGACGAAGGGCUAACGCUCGAAACGUCAGCUUUCAACUCUUUUCGAUGGCCAAGUUAAGUCAUCUACUCAGUUGUUAAUAUUGUAUUACCCUGCAUGUUAUACUCUCCUACAGAAGCAGCACCUCAGUUUUUUUAGAAACUUACCCUCUUUAUAUAAUUUUAAAUGCAUUGUUCUUUGUGACAGGCUUAAUAACGGCAGACAUCGACCAUUACAUUUUCAUUUAUACGGCAAUUAAUUUUUGGUCCGAAAUUUUACAUCGGGCUCGAAUCAUUGAGUCCAAGAAAAACUUAGAAAGCUAGCUGAGUACUUCUUGGUAAUAAUUCCAAGGUACAUUCAUAUUCGUGUUCUGAACAGCUUUUUACGACGUAUUGUCUGUUACUGCUUCUUGAUAGGGCUGCCAAAUAACCGACAGUUGUAAAAAUGGAGGUGCUUGCGUGUAUGACGAGAAAAAACAAACUUAUUCAUGCAAGUGCAAGCCGCCUUGGACCGGAGAAACUUGUGCUGAGCUGGGUAAGAACAACUUUUAACCGUAGAAUGAAGAUGGUAAAGUUCUGUCGGUCAAGCCAAAAACAACGCAAAAAAUUUUUUCCCGAGACUUGGAAACAAACAGAUCAACAAAAUCAAAAAAACGAAACAAAGCAAAACAGAGCUUUCUGAGAGAGAAGUUAAAUAGAAAAACUGCCAAGAAUGGAAAAGAUAUGGGGGAUUCAAAAUUUAUGUGUGUAUGUAUAAUUUUUUUAAAUGAAAUAAAUCUCAAAAUGUCCAACAUUUCAUCUUUUUUUUAAGUUAACAAAUCAGCAGAUCUAAGAUUGAUAUUUAUUGAAAAAUAACCGAUCACAAAGCGUUUUGUACAUGGCAUAGCGGAAAAAUGACUGCGCGUCAGCGGAGUCAAAUCGGCCCCACGCCUUUCAUGUAAGGGUCCACAAUUUUCCUUCAUUCUUUCAACAUUAACGUUACGUCGCUUAAAGCGUUUGGCAAAGUAGUAUUGACGAAAAUUCUUGACGUUAUCCUAUUCUCCCAAAAAGUUACUUGUGACAGCCAUCCCUGCAAAAACAAUGGAACUUGCACAGAUGAAUUCCACGGAUAUUAUUGUAGCUGUGCACCAGGAUUUCACGGGACGCAUUGUGAAAAGAUUGAAGGCCUGCCUUGUUCAUCAGGUUUGUAAAGACGUGUAUCGUAUUUUGAUGGAAUAUUCUGAGAGCUUCCUUCUCCAAUUUAGGAGGACUCUCGUGGAGAUGCGGAUGACCAUUCAAUAUUUUAGAGAGUUUUAGAUGAGACAUUAAUUAAGAUUCUUGAAGACAGACCACGCCAAUGUUUUAUUUUGAUAACGGUUUCUCAAAAAAAACUUUCCGCAACUAAUAAUCGUCAGCGACAGGUCGCUGUAAACUUAUUAGAUCAAUGUGCUAACAUUGGAUUAAUAUAAGUAUGUGAGCAACUACGCACUCACCCCUCCCCUAACCCAACAACAGUCGACUGAUAACAAGUUAAGGUUAAUGUUGGGUUAGGGGAGGGGCAAGUGCGUAGUUGCUCACAUACUUACAUUAAUCCAAUAUAUUUUUUUUAACUCUUUAUAUCAUAACAUCAGUAUGAAUAUUCUCCAUAAUGUUCUUUAUACAUUUCCUAAGGUGCUGACAAGGAGAAUUUGUUUACUGCUCAAAAGCUUCUUUUGUUGGUGAUCAUUUCCUUUAUUCUCCUGACCUUAUGUUUGAUUCAGCGCUGACAUUGUGGGGAGAAAUUAGAUGCUAGUCACUCCUAGGGGUUAAAGGGUAAAAGAAGUAGAAAGUAACUGUUGGAUUUUAAAUAGUGUGAAAAUUUUAUACCUUGGGGCUUUUUUUGGCUUAAGAAGUCAGAAUAACUUCAAACGAGAUCACCUAUUUAUGAGAACGCCACAAGCUACCUUUGACAUCUCAGAGCGCUCAAGGGCAUUGUCCUUGAAUUUGAUCAGCUUUUCUUGAUACGGUUGUUUCCUACAGCUUACCGAAUGGUCUUUGGACAGCCUAGCAAAAAGAGCUACGCCAGCAUAAGAAACGCCACCUCGUCUAGUCUCUCGGAGUUUACUAUGUGCCUUUUUGUCAAAAUGAAGGAUACAAAUUUGACUGGUUACCAGUACCUCUACAGUUAUGCGACUAUUGGAGCACCUUUUGGGAAUGCUUUCUACGUUUGUCUGUUUUCCCCCGGAAUUAGGAUCUCUAUAGACUCUUUCUAUGAGUAAGUGAUAUGACAAACACGAUAGAUAAAGUCUGUAUUGGAGUCAAAUGGCCCAUCCAACCAAACCGUAUCCCGGUUUUCUUAAAAUAAAGCGACUCGAAGGAGUAUUAAUACUUUCCCCUAGAUUGGAUGCUUAUCUACUGCAAUUUCAGCAUUUCAUUCGGUUUCCCCGACAAUGUGCCGUAAUACUCCUGGGUGGAGUGAAGCACUGUAAGAAUAAAGUCUGUCACUCAAGAACACAACACAAUAACCCAAUAGAAUAAGAUAGAGGAGAAGUAAAAAUAUACCGGAAUGGAUGGUGAAUUACGCGCGAUAAAGGGGCGCGAAGAUGAAUUUUUUUGGCUCAGCUUCAAAAAAAUGAUAUGCCUGUUUCCGCAAUGGGCUAAAGUGCUCCCAGCGGAGUAUUAUCGAGGCUUCUGAUUGUAUUUGGCGUUGUUAACAGUCACGUUCUCUUGUUUUUGCUCCCAAGCGACUUUAAAUAAAUAAUUAAAUGUGUCUAGUGAUUAAAUCAUUGUUAGUGACAAAACUAAAAGCCAUGGCGUGUUGGAGAUCGAAUGAAAUAAAUAGCAAUGGAAUUUAAAAAAGUUAAGUGACAUUAAAAUAACUUAAUUUAUCUCCCAUUCCAGCAGCUCACACGACAUUGCUAACAUGCAUUUCUAUUCUAUAUGUAGCACUAUAUGUAUAUAUAUACAUAUAUAUAUAUCUUGAUGCCACAAUUGGACCUCAGUCAGUCAAGAAACGAGAGUUUCUAACAUAGUUUUAAUUGUUAAUGUUCAUUUUCUUAGUGAAACAGACACCAGAAACAAAAUUAAUGAUACCAUGUGGCAUCACAUUUGUGUUACCUGGGAAAACACCAAAGGCGACUGGCAGUUUUAUAUGGAUGGACAACUUCAAAGCAAUGGAACAGACCUGAAGAAAAAUCAUCAGAUACCAGCCGGCGGAACAGUUGUCAUUGGACAAGAUCAAGAUAGCGUCGGAGGGGGCUUUGAUAGCGCACAGAGCUUUGGUCCGGGUGAGGUAACAGAAGUUAAUCUUUGGAGCAGAGUCCUUUCAGGGGAUGAAAUUGCAACUCAGAAGGCAAACUGUGACAUCGCACAAGCAGGCCUUGUUCUCUGGUGGGGACAAUUUAAAGGAAACUUUACUGGUGUGAAAAUAGUCGAGCCUUAAAAGUGAUAGGAUUUUCAACACCAGCAUCUUGUUUACGACGAACUGUUUAUCAUAGAAAGAGAUCCCGGCUUCCUCGAACAAGGAACACCUUAACACUGAUCAAUAUCUACAUACAUGUUAAAUAGCUUUGACCACUCGUAUUGUGGAGUCCAACAAUUGUUAUUACACAGAUGACAUCUCUUUUAGCCAGUUCAGUAGAGUGUUUGAUAGAUAGCACCCUUCAAUUUAUGAUUUGAUAGCCUUGAAAGUUGCUCUUUAGUCGCUCGUUACUAUUGAUGAAACGCCAAAGUUCAGGACUGAAGUAGCGAGUAUCAUUCAGUUAUUAGUCACAAAAACGUUUAAGCUAAGUUUGCACGGAUAUCAUGAUCUUAAUCACCGAAACAAGAUCUCUGAACCACAAGACACAAGUUGUGUCCCUUUCUCAUUGAUUUCGUUGCAGGAGGCAAUCGAAGGCGGCGAAACAUUUCUGCCUUAGGUGAAAUCUUGGAUAGUUGCAUGCCCCCCUCCAGAGUUAUAUUG